CGCGCGGGGCCGAGGGGGCGGGGCCGAGGGGCAGCACGCGGGCCGUCGGUAACGGUCCCGGGGGCGGCGUGUGAGGGGAGGCAGCGGUGCGGUGCUAGGAGGAGCUGCUACCCCGACAGUCCCUCGGCACCCCCCGGGCUCUCGCGUGGCGGGUCCCGCGUCGCCGAGGCCGCUCCCCGUGAGGCGUGGGGGCUCCGCAGCCUCCAGGCCGGUGCCGCCGCGCGAGCCCGUGGCGGCAGGGCUCGGCGGCAGCCGCGCUCCCUGCGUCCCGCCGUCACGCCUCGCCGAGAGGGCCGGAGUGGCUCCGCCGUUGAUGCCUUACCGCGGCACGCGUUCUGCGGGGGAAGCGACAUCUUACCUGGUUAUUCGUGCAUGUGGCUGCAGAACAACAGCUGGUGUUUGCAGAGAGGUGGACAACUGAUGGAAGAUUCCAGUAGGAGGUAGUUUGCUCAGAUAAGACUGAGAUCCAUACAAAAAAAAUCUCUCAACCAACAGUGACUGGCAACACUUGAGAACUCCUGAAUGACUGGUUGAGGUCUUGGAGGGAAGACAUUAAGAUUUCACAUUUCACAGUCAGUUCUGUUAAGCAGCUAUGGAAAUAGAAAAGGAGCACGUUUAUGUUAACCCAACAGAACUUGGGAAUAUAAGUGAUGCUCCAUUUUCCGGCGAUGAAGAAAAUGGUGGGUCUGAGGAACGAAAGACUGAAAUCAAUGGAAAUUGGAUUCCUGCAACUUCAAUUACUGAAGCCAAAAUAAAUGCUAAAGCAAAGAGACGGCUGAGGAAAAAUUCUUCUAGAGAUUCUGGGAGGGGAGACUCUGUCAGUGACAACGGAGAGACACUGAAGACUGGAGUUGUUGUGCCAACGAGCCCAAAGGGGAAACUCCUGGACAGGCGAUCCCGGUCUGGAAAGGGAAGGGGUCUGCCAAAGAAAGGCGGAGCAGGUGGUAAAGGAGUUUGGGGAACACCAGGUCAAGUGUAUGAUGUGGAAGAAGUAGAUAUUAAGGAUCCUAAUUAUGAUGAUGACCAGGAGAACUGCAUCUAUGAAACAGUAGUUUUACCUCUGGAUGAACGAGCAUUUGAAAAAACUUUAACACCAAUCAUACAGGAAUAUUUUGAACAUGGAGAUACUAAUGAAGUUUCGGAGAUGCUGAAGGAUUUAAACCUUGGUGAAAUGAAAUACAGUGUGCCAGUACUGGCUGUUUCCUUGGCAUUAGAGGGGAAGGCUAGUCACAGGGAAAUGACAUCUAAGCUUAUCUCCGAUCUUUGUGGGACUGUAGUAAGCAAAACUGACGUGGAAAAAUCAUUUGAUAGACUGCUUAAAGAGCUACCUGAAUUGGUGUUGGAUUCUCCUAGGGCACCACAGUUGGUGGGCCAGUUUAUUGCUCGAGCUGUUGGAGAUGGGAUUCUAAGCAGUACGUACAUAGAUGGCUACAAAGGCACUGUGGAUUGCGUCCAAGCUCGAGCUGCGCUGGAUCGAGCUACUGUGUUGCUGAGUAUGACAAAGGGUGGGAAGCGCAUAGACAAUGUGUGGGGGUCAGGAGGUGGCCGGCAGUCUGUGAACCACCUUGUUAAAGAGAUCGAUAUGUUGCUGAAAGAGUAUUUGCUUUCUGGAGAUGUACUGGAAGCUGAACGUUGCCUUCAGGAACUGGAAGUACCCCAUUUUCACCAUGAACUUGUAUAUGAAGCUGUUGUGAUGGUUUUGGAGUCAACUGGAGAAAAGACCUUUAAAAUGAUACUGGAUUUGCUGAAAUCUCUCUGGAGGUCUUCUGUCAUUACUAUGGACCAAAUGAAAAGAGGCUAUGAACGAGUUUACUGUGAAAUCCCAGAUAUUAACCUGGAUGUGCCACACUCCUAUUCUGUGCUUGAGCGGUUUGUAGAGGAAUGCUUUCAGGCUGGAAUAAUCUCCAAACCACUGCGAGACCUCUGUCCUUCAAGGGGCAGAAAGCGUUUUGUGAGUGAAGGAGAUGGAGGUCGCCUGAAGCUGGAAAGCUACUGAAUGUGAGAACCAGCUCCUGAAGCCUUAAAUUUUAAAGGGAAAAUAGAUACCUAUAUAUAUACAAACACGCAUGCUUUUUUGGUGUGUGUAUGUAUAUAUGUAAACACAUAUAUAAUAUACCAAAAUUUUAAGAGUUGCUUAGCACAGUUCAUAUUUUUUUAAAAGCACAUGUUUUGGGUACAAAGCGUUUUGUUUUUUUUUAAAAAUAGUUUUAUAAAUCUCAGAAAGGAAACUAUUUUCUUUGGGCAUAUGGUAGGACAAUUGGCCACUCUGCUGUGGUGGUGCCUUCAAAUAAGCUAUCUUUUUAUGUGCCAUAUGUUUAUGACCUAAUCAUUCCAUGUUUGCAUCGAUGUCUGACUGCCGCUCUUUCUUUCAAGGACAGUGUUGGCAUCAUAAAAUCACUGGUUUAUACAAAGCUUUAUAGAAGGGUCAAGUUAAGCUGCUGUGAUCCCAUUUCCAUUGCUGCUGAAGAAAUACUGUGCUUUGGGAGGGAAAAAUAGCUGUUUCUUUGUUUUAAAGAGCAUCAGAAAAUGGAGUUGGGUCAUAAGAUUUGUUCAUCUGUUCCAGGGGAGAACGCUGGUUGGUUUUAGCCCCCAUGUACCAAACUUGUCCUUUUGUUUUUCUAUGUAACUGGAAAAGUGGAAAGUUCUGGUAAAACAUAUUAAAAAUAUUUUUUGUGAAGCCUU